GAUGGGGCACAGAUGCUGCGGCAAACAGAAGGUGAAGAGAGGGCUUUGGUCCCCCGAAGAAGACGAGAAGCUGCUUCGUUAUAUCACUUCGCAUGGCCAUUCCAGUUGGAGCUCUGUCCCGAAGCUCGCUGGUCUGGAGAGAUGCGGAAAGAGUUGCAGGUUGAGGUGGAUAAACUAUCUCCGCCCUGAUCUUAGGAGAGGCUCUUUCACUGCCGAGGAAGAGCAGAUCAUCAUCGAUGUUCACCGCAUUCUAGGCAACAGAUGGGCACAAAUAGCGAAGCAUCUGCCAGGACGCACAGACAAUGAAGUGAAGAACUUUUGGAACUCAUGUAUAAAGAAGAAACUAAUGUCUCAAGGCUUAGACCCACGAACUCACAACCUGAUGCCUUCCCACAAGAGAGCUUCCUCCUUGCCAUCUAAUGAUAAUAAGGCCAAGGCCAAACAUCACCGUCCACUUGAUGAUCAUGAAACCUUCUCAAUCAUCAAAGACUCUCCUUCCAUCAAGAUCAAACCUUCUCUUCCAACUACCAUGAAUAAUCCUCCAACUUACGAUUCUUCAUCGAUAAUGCUGGGCCUUUUCGAUGAGAGUUAUCCAGACAGCUGGGACGUUGCUUUCGGCCGACAGUUUCAAGAAGAUCCCAUUCCGGUUGAGCGUGGAGACACCAUUGAUGAUCAAAGUCAAACGCUCGACGUUACCAACAUGGAUGUUUCCUUCGAUUGCUCCACUUUUGAUCCUGAUUUUGCUGCACUCUUCUCCUCUAUGGAAUGGUCCUUUUAAUUAUUCACAAUGUCCACGCACAUAUAAUGCACAAUCAAGUGCGUAUAUAUGUUGUAUAGGUUUUGCUUGUUAAUAAGCCGAGAUAUCCAUAUUAGUCCAAUCGAUUCCAUUUA